GGAGGAGGACGCCAUUACAGCCGCAGCUGGCCGUCCGUGAUUGAGGGACCAGCGUUAUAGAACUUCUUAAUGUCGAGGGGCUUGUUGGACGUUGUGCAGGCUCAGCCCUCGGUUACCGCUGGGCUACAGUGUGAAAACGGACAAGUACGAUGGACGGUUCUCCUUUGACGAGGAGAAAAUGUGGAGCCAACGCGCCAAAGCAAAGCAGUCACCAACCAUUCCUACACCUGUCUGGCGGCCCAUCCUCACACCAUGAACAUCAGUAGGAACUGCACUGCAGUGGGGAAUGGUGAGGGUCUGGCUGCCCUGGAGUCGGUCUCCAUUGUUACCAUCACACUCCUCGCCUGCCUGGGGAACCUCUUGAUUGUGGUGACCCUCUAUCGGAGGCCUUAUCUGCUCACACCCAGCAACAAGUUUGUGUUCAGCCUGACCGUGUCCAACCUGCUGCUGUCCAUGCUGGUGCUCCCGUUUGUGGCCGUGAGCUCGGCAAAGAGGGAGUGGGUGUUCGGGGUGGUUUGGUGUAACUUCACCGCCCUGCUCUACCUGCUCAUCAGCUCAGCCAGCAUGCUUACCCUUGGAGCUAUUGCCAUUGACAGGUACUACGCAGUACUUUACCCGAUGAUCUACCCCAUGAAGAUCACAGGAAACCGGGCAGUCGUUGCCAUCGCCUAUGUGUGGCUACACUCCCUGGUGGGCUGUCUGCCUCCUCUGUUUGGCUGGUCCUCCUUUGAGUUUGACUGCUUCAAGUGGACCUGUGUCGCGUCUUGGCACAGAGAGCCGAGUUACACGGCCUUCUGGGUCAUCUGGUGCAUCCUCCCCCCCUUAAUCACCAUGCUUGCCUGUUAUGGUGUCAUUUUCCGUGUUGCCCGCAUGAAAGCCAGGAAAGUACACUGUGGGACCGUUGUUGUGUCAAAGGAUGACUCCACUGGAGCUCAGAGGAACGGACGUAAAAACUCAAGCACCUCAACUUCCUCUAAUGGAAGCCGGCGGAGUCUCGUGUAUGCAGGGAGUCAGUGCAAGGCCUUCGUCACCAUCUUGGUGGUAAUUGGCACGUUCCUCAUGACCUGGGGGCCGUAUGUCGGGGUGGUGUGCACCGAGGCUUUAUGGGGACAAGGGAGUGUGUCUCAGGGACUGGAGACUUUGGUAGCGUGGCUGUCGUUCUGCAGUGCGGUAUGCCACCCUUUCAUCUACGGUCUGUGGAAUAAAACUGUGAGGAAGGAGCUGCUUGGGAUGUGUUUCGGAGAUCGCUACUACAGAGAGUCGUUCGCCACGCGGCAAAGGACGUCCCGCCUCUUCAGCAUAUCCAACAGAAUCACAGAUCUGGGUAUGUCCCCACACCUGACAGCCAUGCUGGCUGGUGGAGGGCAUCUGCUGGCCCCAGGAAGCAGCACUGGGGAUACUGGCUUCAGUUUCACUCAGGACUCAUGCACAGACGUGAUGCUGCUGGAUAACCUCUCCACAGACGGCUCCUCCUACCAACACCAACACGGGAAUCCGUCCGGGAAGAGGAGGAGCUCAGUCACCUUUGAAGACCAGGUGGAGCAAGCCAAAGCUGAAAACACAAGCGUGUCCUCGGUUAAGGUCCACGCAGAGGUUCACAAGACUCUGGACACCUUCGCCUCCUGUCUGGCAAAGGCUAUCGAGAGUGAUGCUAAGCUCACCCUGUUUGGGGAAGAUCUGGGUCUUCCGGAGGGACUGUUUACGACAAGAGCAGCACCAAGACCCAGAUACCUGGACGGUCAGAGACUGAGGCUUGAGAGUAUCGAUGAAGGGAUCGUUAAAGAUGACAGAGAUGAAGAAGAGCAGGAGGUGGAGGAAAAACCAGCCUGAACGCAAGCAGGUCUGUUGACAUGUUUUUAGACUGUACUCAGUUUACUAGUGAACUGCAAGGGUUUCACACCCUCGACACUAUCUGUGACCAUAUAGAGGGGUGCAGUUUAUGGAGUCUGAUCUGUCGACACAUUGGUACUCCAUACUUGAAAUUAUUAGGAAACAGGAAGAGGCACAUUAUCAAUUCCACUAUGUUGUACCAGGUGCACACCAUUAGUGUCUUUGCAAGUGUUGGUGUGGAUUCAUGUAAUCAAUAGGAAGCCUUAACUACUGUAACCUAAAUGAUCAGAUUGUUGUAGUAAUUUGCUUAUUACUAUAUAUAUAUAUAUUAUGGUAUGUCCUCAGAAUUUGC